AUGGAUGCUGCCGCCCGGCCCCCGGCGCUGAGCGGGAGGCAGAGGAAAGCCCACAGCUCACACAAAACUCAAGGAUGGCGGCCCCCCAACCCCGCGUCAGCCUCCGCUCCGCCUCGCGCACCACUGGCCCCUCACUCAUCUCAGCCCCAGACACGAGGUUUACAGACGUACGAUAAAGACGUGCAAACGGCCCUGAGACGCAAGAGGCGAACAGCGUCUCGGGAACACCUGGAACUAGGACCCCAGGUCCCAGGGAGCCUCCAGGACGCCCGAGUGGCUGUGCAGGAGAGGCGGCCCCGCCCGUGCCCACAGAGGCCACCGCAGAAGAGAGGCCACCAGGACCUGGGCCUAGGCGGCAGCUCCCCGCUCAGCCUCGCAGACACCAAGGGCCCAGGCCCCCACGCCGCUCCUCCCCGCUCAAGCACUCUGGAGGUUUCCAGAGAGGGCAUGGGGCCUGGCCCUCCCCCCACCCGGAGCAGACGCCGGCCUUGGAAAGGCCACCUGCCGCCGCUGGGCUCCUCUGAGAGGCGGCUUUGCGGGGCAGAGGGAGAAAGGUGCCGUCUCCCGCCAGCAGAGGGCGUCAGCGGGUACCCUGCGCGGACUCCUCCUCCCCGGGGAUUACAAAGGCGCCCCAGUGCGUGGACUGAUUCCAGAGGCUCCUUCCGCUAG